AUGGACAAUGGAGAUGGAAUAGUAGUUGGUUGGUUAGGGCAUCCUAUCUUUAGAGACAAAGAGGAUGGAGACGAAAUUGUUAGAGCAGAUGUUCCUUUUCGAAGGGAAAAAUCGAAGUAUAGUGUCGAACAAGUAGGUGUAAUUGUUGAAUUCUAUGGUGGCGAACUCAAUGGAGUCAACUAUAGUGAUCUUGCUACUGUGAAAAAAUAUGCUCGACGUGCUCAAUUAGGUGAAAAUUUUGAAUUAGAUCGUGCUACUUUAAAAUCGAAUGGUAUUUUUCGUAGCAGUCCAAGGGGUUGGCUUACUUUUGUAUGUGGAGACAAAAAACUACGACAACCAAAAUAA